GUCAAACUCUUGUAACUUUGAGCAGAUUACGAGGCUUAUCCAACCAUCAGUUACUGCAGAAAUGAAUCAUGACUUAUGUUGUUCUAUCUCAGAUGAUGAAAUUCGCUCCACUGUGUUCCAACUAGGAGCGUUUAAGGCUCCAGGAGUGGAUGGAUUCUCAGGAUGCUUCUACCAACAACACUGGGAUAUGGUUGGCCCUGAUGUAUGCAAGGCAGUUCGACACUUCUUUGAUCACGGCUUCAUGCUACGAGAGAUGAACAAGACUAGAAUUGUUCUUGUUCCCAAAAUUCAGAAUCCUGAGUUUGCUUUUAUACCUGGUCGGGCCAUCCAGGACAAUAUCUUGAUUGCACACGAAGCCUUUCACGGGCUGCAACUUAAGAAAUCUGGUAAGCAUAAUGUGUUGGCUUUGAAAUUAGAUAUUCGCAAAGCUUAUGAUAGUGUUGAUUGGCACUGUUUGGAAAGUAUAUUGAAAGCUCAUGGCUUCUGCGAGAAAUGGACCCAGAUGGUGAUGCAAUGUGUCUCCACGGUAUCUUACACAGUGGGAAUUAAUGGCAAUCAAACCCCUUUCUUUGCUCCCCAACGAGGACUCCGACAAGGAGACCCGCUUUCCCCAUAUCUUUAUCUCUUUAUCGCUGACAUUUUAUCCCGUCUCUUAUUAACAGCGACAGCGGAAAAGAAGAUUUCAAGCUACAAGAUUCGAAGAAAAAGCCCAACAAUUAGCCACCUCCUUUUUGCAAAUGAUUCCUUGGUUUUCUAUCGAGCUACAGCCCAGGAGAAUAUCAACCGACUUAUUCGUGACUUCUGGUGGGGGCAGCAACAGGAUGAGAAGAAAGUUUGUUGGGUGGGAUGGGACCGACUGACUCAAAGCAAACAUGAUGGCGGUAUGGGAUUUAAGGACCUCCAUUGUUUUAAUAUAGCCAUGUUAGCCCGGCAGGCUUGGAGGAUAUUACAAAAUCCUAAUGCCCUAUGGGUCCGAGUACUAAAAAGUUUAUACUUUCCAAACUCCUCCUUUUUUGAUGCAAGGAAAGGAAGUCACCCAUCGUGGGCGUGGUCAAGUAUUCUACAUGGAAGGAACCUUGUUCAACUCGGAGCAAGAUGGAAUGUUGGUAAUGGACAAGACAUUUUGAUCUACCAUGACAAAUGGGUUCCCACCUUACCUGGAUUCAAGGUAACUUCCCUCCCGACAAAUAACUCUAUCUUUUCGUAUGUAUGUGAUUUGUUUGAUGAUCAUGGAGACUGGGCUGCCCCUAAACUCAAUCAACUCUUUAGUAGUGAGGAAUGUCGGGAAAUCCUUAAAAUUCCAACUGGCUCUUGUUGUGACUCCUUUAUCUGGCACUAUGAUAGAUAUGGAAGAUUCUCAGUUAAAAGUGCUUACCUCCUUGCAAUUCAUACUAGCCAGGAAACUCAUCUGAAUCAUGUCAAUCCAACCCUUUCUUCAGCUGAAUGGAAGCAUCUAUGGAAACUGAAAGUACCCCCAAAGAUCCGGGUUUUCCUAUGGAGGGUCAUUCUCAACUCUUUGCCUUCAAUGGACAAUCUGGUAAAAAGGGGGAUUGUUCAAGAGGCGUUAUGCCCCUUUUGCCAUUUAACUGAUGAAACUAUUAUGCAUUUGCUCUUCUAUUGCCCUCAUGUCGAACCAAUUUGGUUUGGUUCAGCCUUGGGUCUUGACCCGCGGCAACUGGGGGUGGAUUGCUUUGUGGGUUGGUGGAGGUUUAUUAAGAAUGUCUCGAAGCAGAUGCACUUUUCUUCUCUGAUUGAUUAUUGUGCUGUUGUUUGUUGGCAUAUUUGGAAAGCACGAAAUGAGAGAUAUUUUGGCCAUAUUGAUGUUUCUCCUCUUCAAGUCCUUUCUCGUAUCUCUCACAUGAUCCAGGAAUUAUCUCCUAAUCAUCAAGAUCUACUGGCUCCACCGACUAGAACCCAACCACCUAAACAACAGCUAAAAUCAUCAUGGUCGAAGCCGCCAAACGGCAUCAUCAAGAUUAACACAGACGCGUCAUUCUCACCAAACUCGGGGGUAGCUGCCCUGGCCAUGGUAGGACGCAACUCGAAUGGGGAAAUCUGCUAUGGAAAGACUUGGAGUGGCAUGGCAUUGACGCCACUAAUGGCAGAAGCUGACGCUCUCCUCAAAGCCGUCCAUUUUGCUGAAGAUAAUGGGAUUCAGGAUGCUAUCUUUGAAUCGGACAACCAGGUGCUCAUCUCAUCUAUCCAACAACCUUUUCAGCCUUUACCGUGGGAGGCUAGAUCACUUAUCAUACGUAUUAGACAAUCUAAUGUAAGGAAUCCUGGCUUUAGUUUCAGUUUUGUACCACGGACAGGCAACCAAGUUGCAGACUGGGUUGCCCGUUCAUCUCUUCAUGGACAAUGCCCCUCCUACUGGGCACAUUGUCCGCCUAAUAUCCUCUUGCACUUGCUAUCGAAAGUGUACGUUGGAUUGGCGGUUAAGGAAUGAAAGUUAGAUGAUUCUUCAAUAAGCUUUUAUUAUUUCUGCUAUAGAAGAAAUGUUUCUUGCUUAAUCUAGGCCUUUAUUGUUCACUACUUCACUAUCUCUACACCUGAAAUAAAAAAAAUGAAGCUUA